UGAUGAUGAUGACAGCAUCUGCGCGCCUGCAGGUGACUCCUUUAAGACCAGGGGGAGGAAGAGGAGGAGGAGGAAGAGGAGGAGUGCAGCGGGUCGCCACGUUUCACCACAUUACAUUUUCUCUGCCCGGUGACCUGGAGCCUCUUCCUGCUGGUCCUGAUGCCGCCGCCGCCGCCGCCGCUGCUGGGGCCAUGAAGCAGCUCUUCCCUCCCUCUGGUUGCCUCGGGAAACUCGCCUCCUCCAUCAUAUUAAUGGGAUAAUAAUGUGAUUGAUUGGUCAUUUCCGCGGAGAAAUGCUGUUUGCUGCUUCCUGAGAGCGCAGGGUCUUCAGAGAACGUUCCUCCUGCUGGUGAGGAGGAGCCGGACAGGCAGGAGAUUCAUUCAGGUUUUAUUUCCCAGCUUCUGCUCCGAGGAGGAGGAGGAGGAGGAACAUGGAGCGCCUCCGCGGCUCUCCGGAGCGCAUCAGGCGGUUCCAGCAGCGGGAGCUUCCGGCUGCUGAUGUGCAGCUCUGCGAGCGGACCGAGCUGUAGCGGAACCGAACCGAGCCGGCUUUCAGCGCGUCGCAGUGGAGGAGGGGGGGAGGAGAAGGAGGAGGAGGCAUCUAUGCAAUUUUAUUUUGACUUUGCAUUUUAUUAUGAGCGCAGAGGAGGGAGAUGCUGGACCGGCGGCGGGAGAUCCGGCCGCCAAGCAACGCCUCACCUGGGAGGAGAGCGACCCGCUCGGCUCCCAAGGACGUCCGCAGCCCGGCGGCGAGGAGGAGCCGCAGCCGGGAGAGGAUGAGGAUGAGGAAGAGGAGGCAGAGGGCCGCGCGCGUGCGGCUGACGCUGAGAAAAUCAGCGGGGAGGAAAACGGGGGCAACACUUCCAGCGAGGAGGGGGCGGUGGGGGGCAGAUGUGGCAAAACGCAGGCGAUGCCUUCAACCUGCAGCAGCGAGACGUGCAUCCCGACCCCGAGCUGCAGGAUCUGCUUCCAGGGAGCGGAACAGGGCGACCUGUUGAACCCGUGCCGCUGUGACGGCUCGGUCCGCUACACCCAUCAGCAGUGUCUGCUGAAGUGGAUCAGCGAGCGCGGCUGCUGGACCUGUGAGCUCUGCUGCUACCGCUUCCAGGUCAUCGCCAUCAACAUGAAGAGACCGUGGCAGUGGCAGCCCAUCACCAUCACGCUGGUGGAGAAGGUCCAGAUCAUCGCCGUGUUCCUGGGCUCGCUCUUCCUGGUGGCCAGCAUCUCCUGGCUGCUCUGGUCGGCUCUCAGUCCGCAGGCCGUCUGGCAGCGCAGAGACGUCCUCUUCCAGAUCUGCUACGGCAUGUACGGCUUCAUGGACCUGGUCUGCGUAGGCCUGAUUGUCCAUGAGGGGGCAGCAGUGUACAACGUGUUCAUGCGCUGGCGGGCGGUGAACCUCCACUGGGACGUCCAGAGUUACGACAAGGCCAAGGACAUGGAGGAGACGAGCACCGGCCCCUCCUCGCUGGGCCCCAGGACGCUCUGGUUGCCCCUGGCAACGUUCGGGCCCAGCGGGCCGCUGCACCCAACCCAGCUCGGGCCGCGGCCGUGGACCUGCCUCUGUCUGGCCCCGUUCUGCCCCGGGCUGGUGCCCGGAAACAGCCUGAGCCAGGACGCCGACUCGGGGGAGGUGGUCAUCCGCGUGACGUCGGUCUGACCUCAGGUCAUCCGCGUGACGUCGGUCUGACCUCGGUUGAUCCGCGUGACGUCGGUCUGACCUCAGGUCAUCCGCGUGACGUCGGUCUGACCUCAGGUCAUCCGCGUGACGUCGGUCUGACCUCAGGUCAUCCGCGUGACGUCGGUCUGACCUCGGGUCAUCCGCGUGACGUCGGUCUGACCUCGGGUCAUCCGCGUGACGUCGAUCUGACCUCGGGUCAUCCGCGUGACGUCGGUCUGACCUCGGGUCAUCCGCGUGACGUCGGUCUGACCUCGGCAGGUGAAACUUUAGUCUGAACGUUCCUGCAUUUAUUGGUUGCUGCUUUUCCGGUGUUUGCGAUGAAUUGGGCUUGUAGUUUGUCCCCAAACCAGCCUCAGCCAGAUAAAGAUGGACGUGUUCGGUUGGCACUGUGACGUAUUCCUCUCAUCCAUCAUGAACAGUUUACAUCGUAGCAUCUAAGACCAAACUGUUGUGUUGCAUCCGGGUUCUCUGGUACUUUAACGCCUCAUCAGGAAGAUCAUUUCAGUCCAACUGAAGCACAAAUCAGUCACUGUUUUAGAUUCCUUUGAGGUCAUCAGGACAAGCAGCUCCUAAAGGAUUUAAAUGAAAAAAACCACAAAAAGGUUGAAAAGUUUAGUGAAGUUUAGUCAGGAAUUCGUUGGCUGUAUUCAGACUUUAAGCACUGUGAGGCAGAACGACGUCAGAAACUCAUUUUUCUUCUUCUCCGAGGAAACGACUCUUUUGGUUCUUGCGUUUCACCUGUCAGGUUGUAAUAAAAAUGUUUCUUCUGGCUCAGAUUUGUAAAGGCACAAUUUGGAGUUUGGUCUUUGACUAGGCCACUGCAACACUUCAUCCUGCUAACUGCGUCCUGACAUGGACGUGUCGAGCUUUCUGUGAAUAUUUUGCCUCUGGGAUGAUUAGCAGCUUCCUUAAAUGAUUUAUUAACAUAAUAAACUUUCCCUCUGUAUUCUGAUGGACCUGAAACAUUUAGGAAACGACCUCAUAAUUUUGAACCAGCCUGUGUGAUCCAGAGAGUAACGAUGAUAAAACUCCUGCUUUUACAGACGGUUUAAGCUGCUGACGGUCAGUUAAUCUGUGUGCUGGAGGUUAGAGUUAUAUCAUUUUACAGAAUGAUGAAUAGAUUAGUUUUAUGUUCUGACAGAGAAAAUCUAAAGACUGAAUCUCUUCAUCAUAACUUCUCUUCCAUCUGCCACAUUCCUGAGCAAAAACAAAAUCUGAAUCCAUCUUAGUCACGAUUGAGACGUUUUCUGCAUGGAAGCAAAGAUGACGAAGAAAUCUUAAAUAGUUUUUCAAUUUAGUUGUUUUUUGUAAAUCCCAGAAGAAAUAUGCGGGAAACAAAACUAAAUUUCAUUCCCGCUAAACCCUCGGUGCAAUUCUGCAGGUGGCCACUAGAGACAGGCUGGAAAACAUCUGCAGACUGAACUGGAUCAGGCUUAGAAACAAACCGGAUCUUUAGAAAAAUGCUAAACUGAUUAUAGUUCAUCCAAAAGAAGACGGCUGAGAUUCAGAAGCCAGUUUGGCUUCAAUGAGCACAAACUGACGGCAGAAUGGUGUUGAUUUUCAUUUAUGAUCAGGAAGUCAUUUAUGUUCCUGUUUUCCUUCAUCGGCUGGGAUAUGUUGCUAUAGCAACGUUCGACAUAAAAGUGUUGGGAUAAAUGAGACGUUUGGGCUCGCUGGGUUUUUGGUUCUGGGGGAUUUUGGAUCAUUUUGGUUCUUUUGGUGCCUUAAGAGGCUGAAUAUUAACGUCUCAUUGUGCAGCACAGAUAUGACUUGAAUGUGACUGUAUUUGUUUCCUUUGUAUGUAACCUGGUUGUCAUGUAUAAAGAAUGUUUGUACACAGA